GUCAUGUUUUCUGUUUGGGGAUUCCCCGUCCCGUUCUCCACCACGGAGCUGCUCUUGGUCACUGCCACCUUCUGCCUGGUGUUCUGGGCAGUCAGAACCUGGAAGCCUCCCACCCCCAAAGGCCUGAAGACCCCCCCAGGGCCCUGGGGCUUGCCCCUGCUGGGGCAUGCACUGAUGUUGGGGAAGAACCCGCACCUGGUUCUGUCGAAGCUGAGCCAGCGUUAUGGGGACGUGCUGGAGAUCCGCAUCGGCAGCAUCCCGGUGGUGGUGCUCAGCGGCCUGGACACCAUCCGGCAGGCCCUGGUGCGGCAGGGAGAUGACUUCAAAGGCCGUCCUGACCUCUACAGCUUCACCCUGAUCACAAAUGGUGAGAGCAUGACCUUCAACCCAGACUCGGGCCCCGUGUGGGCCGCCCGCCGGCGCCUGGCCCAGAAUGCCCUGAAGAGUUUUGCCAUUGCCUCAGACCCGACAUCCUCAGCCUCCUGCUACCUGGAGGAGCACGUGAGCAAGGAGGCCCAAUACCUUAUUGGCAAGUUCCAGGAGCUGAUGGCAGGGGCUGGGCACUUUGACCCCUAUAGAUAUGUAGUGGUGUCUGUGGCCAAUGUCAUUUGUGCCAUAUGCUUCGGCCGACGCUAUGACCAUGAUGACCAGGAGCUGCUUAGCUUAGUGGACCUGAGUAAUGAAUUUGGGGAGAUAGUCGCCUCGGGCAACCUAGCCGACUUCAUCCCCAUCCUCCGUUACCUGCCCAAUCCUGUCCUGGACAGCUUCAAGGACUUGAAUAAGAAGUUCUAUGACUUCAUGCAGAAGAUGGUCAAGGAACACUACAAAAAGUUUGAAAAGGGACACAUCCGGGACAUCACAGACAGCCUGAUUGAGCACUGUCAGGACAAGAAGCUGGAUGAGAACGCCAACAUCCGGCUGUCUGAUGAGAAGAUAGUCAAUGUGGUCAUGGAUCUCUUUGGAGCUGGGUUUGACACGGUCACAACUGCCAUCUCCUGGGCGCUCCUCUACCUGGUGACAAGCCCCAAUGUACAGAAAAAGAUCCAGAAGGAGCUGGACACGGUGAUUGGUGGAGCACGGCAGCCCCGGCUCUCGGACAGACCCCAGCUUCCCUACCUGGAGGCCUUCAUCCUGGAGACCUUCCGACACUCCUCCUUCCUCCCCUUCACCAUCCCCCAUAGUACCACCAGAGACACCAGUCUGCUCGGUUUCUAUAUCCCCAAGGAACGCUGUGUCUUUGUGAACCAGUGGCAGAUCAACCAUGACCCGCAGCUGUGGGGUGACCCGUCUGUCUUCCGGCCAGAAAGGUUUCUCACUGCCACUGGCACCAUUGACAAGAUGCUGAGUGAGAAGAUGAUGCUCUUUGGCCUGGGCAAGCGGAAGUGUGUAGGAGAAACCAUUGCCCGCUGGGAGAUCUUCCUUUUCCUGGCCAUCUUGCUGCAGAGGAUAGAGUUCAGUGUGACUCCAGGUGUUAAGGUGGACAUGACCCCCCUCUACGGGCUGACCAUGAAGCACGCCCGCUGCCAUCACUUCCAGGCGCACACACGCUCUGAGGGGCUUGAGAUCCCCACCUCCUAGACUGUCUACUUGGUUUUUCUGGACACUCAGCCUGGGGACUAUCCCCGGGGUUUCAAAGCUUCAGUGGAAACACAGAUAUUGGGCUGGCUGAUUUUGAUAGUCUGAGCUAUGGACAAGCCUGAGGGGGGUCAUGCUUGCCUCUCUCCUCUGAACUGUGUCCUGAUCAUAGACAGUGCAUGUUGGCAGAAGUUGCAGGUGCUAAUGGAGCCCUCUGAAGUAUGUUUGAGCUAGGAGGCCUGCUGGGCUUAGGAGGUCCUUGGGCAUCCGGAACCCUCAGAGGAAAGCCCCAGGUCCAGGUGGCUCUGGAGAGCCCCAGGUCCUGCUGGCUCUCUGUGACUCACUUGAGAAUUGUGUAGGGUGGGCCACAACAGAGCUUGGCCAAGUUCUUCAACCGCUGAGAGCUGUUCAGAGUGAAGGGAAGAUGCAGCCUGUGAUACUGCCAUGGCUGAUCUCCCCACUUCAGCAAAGCUGACCCACAGGUCUGUACUCUGUGUUGGGGGAAGCUCGUUUCCCUCCACCCUCCCUGCAAGCGGGAACAGGGCUGCCUCCUCAGAGCCAGGCCGGGCCCCUGGACUGAUGCUGAAGGGCUGGAACUCAUGGUCUGAGCGGGGGCCAAGAAAGUGCCUGAAUCAGGGGUUGGGACCACAUGGGGACUGACAUCUGGUAUUUCAGCACCUUCUGCUCUCCCUUCUCUAUGCCUUGUAUUAAAUAAAAUGCACUUUUAAAGUAUGUGGGAGCAAGGACACAUACUUUGUUUUAGCCUGUUCGUUUUAGUCUGCAUUGUACUCACAUGUUUCCACUGACUGUGUUUGAGAGCUUGAGAAAAAAAAAAUUAACUGCAGUUGAGAAAAUUCCAAUGCAAGUUUCAGAAAUGUAUAAGGAAAAAAUUAUCUGGGCUAAAUAAAGAU